UUAAAAUUUUAAGGCAACCCAGGUUACUUACUUUUUUUAGUUAAACCAACAAUAUUUUUUUACAGUGUAGUUGUCACGUUUUUCUCAGGUUAGGAAGGUUUAUUUUCCCUUCUUUGUAUGGACACAUGCAUUAAAGACUUGUUUACAAAACGAUUAGACAGACGGGUCCAAGUGUGAACACACCCUGAUCAUGGUUCUGAUCGCUGGUGUUCUGUGGGUCGGGCUGCUGGUGUGUGCGCUGGACGCCGGGGCCGUGCUCAGGUUCACGGGGUCAGACGGACAGUGGGCCUCGUUUCCCAUGUGGAACGCCUGCUGUGAGAGUCAGAUGAGCUUCAGCGUCAAAACCAAGAGUCUAACGGGCCUUCUGGUGUACUUUGACGACGAAGGCUUCUGCGAUUUCCUCGAGCUGCACAUACACGCGGGGAAACUCCGACUGUGCUUUUCCGUUUUCUGUGCCGAGCCGGCUUGCGUGCUCUCAGAUGUUCCCAUCAGCGACAACCAGUGGCAUUCGGUCACGAUCAGGAGGAACUUCAGAAACACGACCCUCGCCGUUGAUGAGGAGAGGAAGCGUGUGGAGGUUAAGUCCAAACGCCGGGAUAUGACCGUCUUCAGUCACUUGUUUUUAGGCGGGAUUCCUCCCGAGUCGUUACCGCUGACUUCGGACACGGUGAAGGAUCACGGUCCCUUCACGGGCUGGAUAGCAGCGCUGGAGGUGAACGGGUCUGAGCCGGUCCUCAUGAACAGCGCCGGGGUCGACGCGGAGCUCUGCGGAUCCGACAACACGUGCCUGAACGGAGGCGUGUGCAGGCUUGAGGACGGACAGCCGACAUGCGACUGCUCGGGAACCGGCUAUCGGGGAGCGGACUGCAGUGAAGGUCUGGCACACCUCAUGAUGGGCGACCAAGGAAUAGAAGAAGAAUAUGUGGCGACAUUCAAAGGUUCAGAAUACCUCUGGUACGACCUUUCUUUGAACCCGAUCCAAGGCAGCAGCGAAGAAAUCACACUGUCGUUCAAAACACUUCAGAGAAACGGACUGUUGCUGCACACAGGAAAAUCCGCUGACUAUGUCAACCUGGCGCUGAUAAACGGGGCGGUGUCGCUCGUCAUAAAUUUGGGCUCCGGGGCGUUUGAAGCUCUGGUGGAGCAGGUCAACGGGAAAUUUAAUGACAAUGAAUGGCAUGAUGUGAAAGUGACACGGAAUUUGCGUCAGGUAACAAUAUCUGUGGACGGAAUACUGACCACCAAAGAAUAUACUCAAGAGGACUACACUAUACUUGGCUCUGAUGACUUUUUCUAUGUUGGAGGAAGUCCUGGUACAGCUGACCUGCCUGGAUCACCUGUCAGCAACAACUUUAUGGGUUGUCUGAGGGAGGUUGUAUAUAAAAACAAUGACGUUCGGCUGGAGCUGUCGAGACUGGCCUUUAAAGGAGACCCCAACAUAAAGAUACAUGGAGUUGUUUCCUUCAAGUGUGAGACUGUUGUGGCAUUAGAUCCCAUCACGUUUGAGACACCGGAGUCCUUCAUCACACUUCUGCAAUGGACCACUAAGAAGACCGGCUCUAUUUCCUUUGACUUCCGCACCACUGAGCCCAAUGGACUUCUGCUCUUUAACCAUGGCAAACCUAAGCAACAGACCAAAGAAACCAAGAGCCCUCACACACUGAAGGUGGACUUCUUUGCCAUUGAGAUACUGGAUGGUCUUUUGUACCUGCUUUUGGAUAUGGGAUCAGGCACAACCAAGACACUGGCUGUGAACAAAAAAGUGAAUGAUGGGGAGUGGUAUCAUGUGGAUUUCCAGAGGGAUGGAAAAUCAGGUACUAUCUCUAUCAACGGAAUUCGCACACCAUACCAAGCACCAGGAGACAGUGAGAUCCUUGACCUGGAUGAUAACCUGUAUCUAGGAGGACUGCCGGAAAAUACAGCUGAUAUGGUGUUUCCCACUGAGGUGUGGACCGCUCUGCUGAAUUAUGGUUACGUAGGCUGCAUUCGUGACCUAUUCAUCAAUGGUCAGAGCAAAGAUAUCCGCCGCUUAGCAGAGGUUCAGAAAGCAGCAGGCGUAAAGCCCUCCUGCGGUAAAGAGGCGCCCAAGCAGUGUCUCAGUAACCCCUGCCAAAACAAUGGAGUCUGCAGGGAAGGAUGGAACCGUUAUGUGUGUGACUGCUCUGGGACGGGCUAUCUUGGUCGCUCCUGUGAGAGAGGAAUAGAAGAAGAAUAUGUGGCGACAUUCAAAGGUUCAGAAUACCUCUGGUACGACCUUUCUUUGAACCCGAUCCAAGGCAGCAGCGAAGAAAUCACACUGUCGUUCAAAACACUUCAGAGAAACGGACUGUUGCUGCACACAGGAAAAUCCGCUGACUAUGUCAACCUGGCGCUGAUAAACGGGGCGGUGUCGCUCGUCAUAAAUUUGGGCUCCGGGGCGUUUGAAGCUCUGGUGGAGUUGGUCAAUGGGAAAUUUAAUGACAAUGAAUGGCAUGAUGUGAAAGUGACACGGAAUUUGCGUCAGCACUCAGGCAUUGGAUAUGCUAUGGUAACAAUAUCUGUGGACGGAAUACUGACCACCACGGGAUAUACUCAAGAGGACUACACUAUACUUGGCUCUGAUGACUUUUUCUAUGUUGGAGGAAGUCCUGGUACAGCCGACCUGCCUGGAUCACCUGUCAGCAACAACUUUAUGGGUUGUCUGAGGGAGGUUGUAUAUAAAAACAAUGACGUUCGGCUGGAGCUGUCGAGACUGGCCUUUAAAGGAGACCCCAACAUAAAGAUACAUGGAGUUGUUUCCUUCAAGUGUGAGACUGUUGUGGCAUUAGAUCCCAUCACGUUUGAGACACCGGAGUCCUUCAUCACACUUCUGCAAUGGACCACUAAGAAGACCGGCUCUAUUUCCUUUGACUUCCGCACCACUGAGCCCAAUGGACUUCUGCUCUUUAACCAUGGCAAACCUAAGCAACAGACCAAAGAAACCAAGAGCCCUCACACACUGAAGGUGGACUUCUUUGCCAUUGAGAUACUGGAUGGUCUUUUGUACCUGCUUUUGGAUAUGGGAUCAGGCACAACCAAGACACUGGCUGUGAACAAAAAAGUGAAUGAUGGGGAGUGGUAUCAUGUGGAUUUCCAGAGGGAUGGAAAAUCAGGUACUAUCUCUAUCAACGCAAUUCGCACACCAUACCAAGCACCAGGAGACAGUGAGAUUCUUGACCUGGAUGAUAACCUGUAUCUAGGAGGACUGCCGGAAAAUACAGCUGAUAUGGUGUUUCCCACUGAGGUGUGGACCGCUCUGCUGAAUUAUGGUUACGUAGGCUGCAUUCGUGACCUAUUCAUCAAUGGUCAGAGCAAAGAUAUCCGCCGCUUAGCAGAGGUUCAGAAAGCAGCAGGCGUAAAGCCCUCCUGCGGUAAAGAGGCACCCAAGCAGUGUCUCAGUAACCCCUGCCAGAACAAUGGAGUCUGCAGGGAAGGAUGGAACCGUUAUGUGUGUGACUGCUCUGGGACGGGCUAUCUUGGUCGCUCCUGUGAGAGAGAAUCCACCAUUCUCAGUUACGAUGGCAGUAAGUUCAUGAAGGUCCAGUUAUCUGUAGCUAUGCAUACAGAGGCUGAAGAUGUAUCACUACGGUUCCGAUCCCAGCGGGCAUAUGGCUUUCUCAUGGCAACCACUUCUCGAGACUCCACAGACACACUGCGUCUGGAGCUGGAGACAAGUCGUGUCCGACUCACGGUUAAUCUAGACUGUGAGAGGAUAAACUGUACCACGAGCAAAGGACCUGAGACCAUGUUUGCUGGUCAGAAUCUGAAUGAUAAUGAAUGGCACACAGUGCGAGUGAUUCGGAGAGGGAAGAGUCUGAAGCUGACUGUGGAUGAUUUGCCCACUGUGGAAGGAGAGAUACCAGGUGACCACACACAGCUGGAGUUUCAUAACAUAGAGACGGGGAUCAUAACAGAGAAACGUUACCAGCCCGUCAUUCCAUCCAACUUCAUUGGGCAUCUCCAGAGUUUGACAUUUAAUGGCAAGCCAUACAUCGACCUCUGCAGGAAUGGAGACAUCGACUACUGUGAAGUCAACGCUGUGAUCGGAUUUAAGAACAUCGUUGCAGAUCCAGUGACCUUCAAGUCCUGCUCAAGCUAUGUGACUCUGAGCACCCUGCAGGCGUACUACUCCAUGCACCUGUUCUUCCAGUUCAAGACCACUUCAUCAGAUGGACUCAUCCUGUUUAAUAGUGGAGAUGGAAAUGAUUUCAUAGCUGUAGAGCUGGUUAAGGGCUACCUGCAUUACAUCUCAGAUCUGGGAAACGGUGCUCAUCUGAUGAAAGGAAACUCAAACAAACCUCUCAAUGACAACCAGUGGCACAAUGUCAUUAUCUCCAGAGACACCAAUAACCUGCACACUGUCAAAAUCGACACCAAAAUCACCACCCAGACCACCGUGGGGGCCAAAAACCUUGACUUAAAAGGUGAUCUUUAUAUUGGUGGUGUUCCCGAGGAGAUGUACAAAGAUUUGCCCAAGUUAGUUCACGCAAAGGAAGGAUUUCAAGGCUGUUUGGCAUCUGUGGAUCUGAACGGCCGUUUGCCAGACCUGAUGUCAGAAGCGCUGGCCUGUGUUGGACAGAUUGAGAGAGGAUGUGAAGGGCCCAGCACCACCUGUCAGGAGGACUCCUGUGGGAACCAGGGCGCUUGCCUCCAGCAGUGGGAGGGCUUCACCUGCGACUGCAGUAUGACCACUUACGGAGGACCUUUGUGUAAUGAUGCCGGCAUCACGUAUAUAUUCGGGAGAGAUGGAGGUCUGAUCACAUACACAUGGCCAACGAACGAGCGUCCGAGCACGCGAGCGGACCGGCUGGCCAUGGGCUUCAGCACUCAGCUGACAGAAGCCGUACUGGUGCGAGUCAACAGCUCGUCUGGGCUAGGGGACUAUCUCAAACUACACAUCGUAAAAGGUUACGUUACGGCUAUAUUUAAUGUGGGCACAGAUGACAUCAACAUAGAGGAGAAAUCAAAGUUUGUGAAUGAUGGAAAAUACCACAUAGUGAAGUUUACAAGAAGUGGCGGCAACGCGACACUGCAGGUGGACGAUCUUCCUGUUAUUGAGCGAUUCCCCACAGGAAGCAUUGAUAGCGAACGGCUGGCGAUCGCCAGACAGCGAUUCCCAUUUCGGCUCGGUCGAGUAGUUGACGAAUGGCUACUCGACAAAGGCCGCCAGCUCACGAUCUUCAACAGCCAGAUGACCAUCCAGAUCGGCGGCUGGGAGCGAGACCACAGCCGCUCCUUCCAGGGACAGAUGUCUGGUUUCUAUUACAAUGGCUUGAAGGUUUUCAACAUGGCUGUGGAAGGAGAUCCCAACAUCCGGAUGGAAGGCAGCGUGAGGCUGGUUGGGGAGUCGCAGUCUUCCUCCAUGACACCGCAGUCCAGUGCUACGGUUCCUCGCUCUGAGACCUCUACCUCAGUGAUGGAGACCUCCACCUCCACCCACCAGACCACACACACCUCAGCGGGAGAACCCCAGCAGACUACUGAUGAUCUGCUGGUGGCGUCUGCCGAGUGCCCGAGCGACGAUGAGGACAUCGACCCAUGCGAGCCGAACUCAGGUGGGUUAGCUGACCCCACCGUCCCGGUGCCGAAGAGCUAUCCGGGUCCGUCCGAGGUGUUCCGCGAGGACAGCAGCACCACGGGCAUGGUGGUGGGCAUCGUCGCCGCCGCCGCUCUCUGCAUCCUCAUCCUCCUCUACGCCAUGUUCAAAUACCGCAACCGCGACGAGGGCUCGUACCAUGUGGACGAGAGCCGCAACUACAUCUGCAACUCGGCCCAGUCCAACGGAUCAAUCGUAAAGGAGAAACCAGUGGACGACACCAGUCGCGUCAGUAAGACCAAGAAAAACAAGGAGUAUUAUGUGUGAUUCUGUUGUUCCCGGUCCUUACGGGACCUUCUUUCUCUUUUAAGUUCUAGCACAAACGUCAAACAUAAGCAAGAUAACAAAACCUGUGGAAAAGCAGUCAGCGAACAUCUUCAAUAUUUAAUCGUUUCUUCACAUUGGAAUGGAUGAAAGAACAGGAUGAUUGCCACUUGUCCAGCUGGAGAAAGACAAGCUGAUUAAAAAACCCAAACUGACCCGUAAGUGAUGGAAAGAUCGCCAAAUCCAUCUCGACCGGUACUCUGUACUCGCGUACUUUGUAAAUGAGAUUUUUUUUUUUUUUAAACAAAUGCAAGGAGAAUGAAGAGCAAGUAAUGAACUGACAAAUUAUAUCUUUUUUUUUUUUUUUGCCCGUUUGUGUUGCUGGGAACUUUGCAAUGAUGAAAAAGCUAAUAAAUGUCUCAAAGCAUCGCUGAAGAAAGGAAAGUCUCAGUGUGUGUCCUUGAUCUGAUUUAGACGGCUGAUGCUAGAAGUGGAAAGAUCACACAUCAUCUUGGCAGACAUGGACGUCUCAGUGAACAUCUUAUUUAAUGUUUCCAUACGUUUCAAAUGUGUGCUUUUCUGGACUGACAAAUUUGUGUUUUAUAAGCGGUUGCAUAAAGAAUGCAAACUUUAUCUACUCCUUGCAGAAAAGACUUUGAAAGAUUUAUGAAUGUCAUUAAUAAUUAUAGGUGAAACUCGAAACUCAAAAAAAUUGAAUAUCGUGUUGAAUUCAACUUAAAAGGUGAAAUUAAUAUAUUGUUUAUUGCAA